GCAAACGAUAUUACAUUUGUAAAAAAAAAGUGAUCGCGCUAAAAAAAUGCAUGUGAUAAUUUCAAACCUGUUCCUUUUUAUUCUUGCUACAACUGUAGAAUCAAAAGCAAAAAACAAUGAUAACCUUACGACUUAUCAAAAGAUGGUUGAAGUUAUUAAGCUGUCAAAUAAACCCUUUUUGAGUGACAUCGACAAAAAAGACAAUCUUGUUGAAUGGUUUUCAAGUGAAUCUUCAUCAAUAUGGGAGCAAGUGAAAAGUUUCACUGAUGAAGUUAUUCUUCCGUUAAAUUUUACUUCCACACUUAUCAGCGAAAAACAAGAUGAGUUGGAAGCACUUUCAGAGUUUUUGAAAAAAGGAAGUAAAAUAAGAAUCAAAAAUGAUUUUUCAAAUUUUCUUUCAAAAAAGGACAAGUUCUUUCCCCAAACCAUUUCAAGCAGUAAUAUGACAUUUGAUCCAAACUGGAUUGCCUUAGUUAUCUAUUAUAUAAGAACUUCUUCAUUGAUUCAUUUGGCACUUAUGGAUCCUCAACGUUCUAAAACAAAGAGAUUAAAUAAAUGUGCGCUUCAUCAUGAAUUAGAACUGCUGAGAGAAGAUGUUAUUGGAGCAGCUAAACAUCUUUAUAAGUUAAGAUAUCAGCACACCUUAAAAGGUGCUGGUAUCGGAAACUUGAAAGAUGUCCCUGAAGGCAUAUUGCUUGAUAGUUCUAUGAUUCCUAAAUAUAAAAAAUCAAGUGACACACAAGGAUACUUUUCCUUCAGUGACACAUUUUUAAAUGAUAAUGUUUCGAUUUCCUUGCCUCAUAUCAAACAUUUUUAUUUUGAUCUCAUUGUAAGAGAAAGCUUGACUUCUACGAUUGAACGAAUGACUAUGUUUUACAAUAGCUUAAUUGGGAGCAACUGUGAUGAGGUAAUGGCUGAGGCUGGAUGCCAGUGUCCAAAAAUGAUUUUAAGUGAAGAAGUUCGAUUUGCUUAUUCUGAUGAUUGUUAUGGUGAAGUUCAAAACAGAGCUAUCAAGUGCAGACUGCCUUGCUUAGAUUAUGAUGGAACAAACAAAUAUAUUUGUGUCUUUGGUGCUGCUCUUGAAACUGGUUCGUGGUACGUAGAAGAAGUAAGCGAAACUAAAAGAGAAGAAAAUCCUGAUCGCUAUAGCAACCGUGCUUAUUGUAAUCCUCCAAGUCAAAAUGAUUGGGAUCAAUGUAUGAAUGUUCAAAAUCUAAACAAAAAUGUGUUAGUGCUAAGUGAAAAAUCAGCCGAUAAACAGAAAAAGGUUAAUCCAAAAUCACAAAAGAAACCUCCUCCAAAAUCACGCAUUAGUUCAGCUGCUUUGGCAUCUCUUGCCGGUGGUGGUUAAUAAUAGUUAUUUAAAGUAUGUAAUAAAAUGAAAAUUAUGCUUAAUUGUAAAAUUAUUUUAAA